CCACUAUCGCCACCUGGCUACGACACCACCACUAUCACCAUCUGCAGUCACUCUAAGGUUGCAGUGAGCGGCGCACAGCGUCCACCGUCCAUCCAGCGCCAUGAGCCUCAAGCAUCUCACCACAGGCUCCACAUGCCCGCCAGCUGUGGCAGGCUUGCUGCGCUGCUACAACAUGAGGUUCUGCCCCUUUGCCCAGCGAGCAUGCAUCAUCCUUGCAGCAAAGAAUGUCAAACAUGAAAUUGUAAACAUUAACUUGAAAAAAAAGCCAGAGUGGUUUUUUGAAAAGAGUCCUCUGGGGAAGGUGCCGUCCAUUGAGCUGGACGGGCAGAUCAUGAGUGAGUCCCUGGUGAUCUGCGACUACCUGGAUGAGGUGUACCCUGACCCUCCCCUGCACCCCGCUGACCCCUGGAGGAAGGGCCAGGAUCGCAUGUUCUUGGAGAUAUUUGGCAAGGUAACAGAAGCAGUGUACAAGGUGUAUUUUUCAAGAGGAGACCAAGACAUACUAAACAAGGGCCUCACUGACAUCCAAGCUGGACUGGAUCCCUUUGAAGCAGAGCUGAUGAAGAGAAACACAAAGUUCUUUGUGGGAGACAAACCUGGAAUGCUGGACUACAUGAUAUGGCCAUGGAUGGAGAUGUUCCUUGCUGCUCAGAGGUUAGGUGGUGAGAGAGUUUCUGAAAACCGCUUCCCUAGACUGUUCUCCUGGAUGGAAGAUAUGAAGAAGGAUCCUGCAAUAAAAGCAACCUACAUCUCACCAGACUCUCACUACAAGUACUUGCUCAGUAAUAUCAAUGGUUCCCCAGAUUAUGAUAUGCAAGUAUGAUGUGUGAAAUUUAAGUUGGUGUCAAAAUUAAAUGAAAGUUUGAUUUUCUGCAUAGAUACAUGUAAUUUACUGGCUAACUUUUGUUAAUUUGGCCUUUUCUCCUUACAGUUAACAAUGCCAUGUCAUAAUAAUAAUAAUAAUAAUAAUAAUAAUAAUAAUAAUAAUAAUAAUAAUAAUAAUAAUACUUUAUUGCUCUUACAGAGAAUUUGUCUUGUGCUUGCCAAAGUAUAAAAGAGAAAUAUAGAAGUAUAAAAAUUCUUAAAACUAUCAGUUACAUCUAUUAAAUUCUCAAUCAUAAACUAUCAAAAAUAGAACACAUUAAAAUAUUAAAAAAACAUUAAAAGUAUUGCUGAUGUCCCUGAGUGCUGCCUUCUUUUACAACUGUUGAUUCCCAUUCAAUAUCCUGAUACUAGAUGGAACAUACGACUCCCUAUACCGAGAUGUUCGGCCCUGCACAGAUCUCCAUCUUCUGCCAGAUGGUAACAAUUCAUAACAUGUGUGCAAUGGGUGACUGGAGUCUUUUAUUAUGAUAUUGCUUCUCUGAAUAACCACUUGUUUAUACAGUUCCAACAAUGGUUUUGUAUUUUUUACUUUUAAUUGGCUACAUUUCUUUAUUAUCUUGCUUAGUUUACCUUUAGAUUCCACAGUACUAUUUCCAUACCAGCAACAUAUAGCAAAUGAAAAAACUGAUUGUAGUAUACUACUGUAGAACAAAUCCAUUAUCUUACUACCAACUUUUAACUUGCAUAGUUUCCUAACAAAAAACAUCCUUGAGUUUGCCUUCUUAUAUAUUUUAUCUAUGUGAGAGGAAAAGUUGAGUUUAUUGUCUAUGAUCGUUCCUAAGUAUUUGUAUUCUUCUACUACUUCAACAGUUUCAUCAUUGAUUUCCAAAGGUUCAUGUUGUAUGGGAGUCUUACUAAAAUCAAUAAUCAUC